CGAUCCCCAGCCUUUCCUACCAGAAUGAGCAGCACCACCAUCGCCUUCAUCGACUGCUCCGCGGGCAUCGCGGGCGACAUGCUGCUCGGCGCGCUGAUCGAUGCGGGCGCUCCACUAGACGACAUCAAGCGCGGACUCGAGUCUCUUCAUGGCAUCAAGGGCGAGUGGGAGCUCAGCACCAGUCGCGCGUGGAAGGGCCCUGGCAGCAUCGCCGGCACCAAGGCGCUCGUGGGCUCCAUCUACCAGCACAAGGAAGCCGCCCCUCCUACGCCGGGCGAUGCGCUCCACCACACGCACAGCCAUGGACAUGGCCACAGCCACACGCACUCGCACAGCCACGCGCACGACGAAACCCACGCCCACACUGAAGAGAAUGCUGCAGAGGACGACGUGGAGGCGGAAGCUGUUGGCGUUGAGAUGAGCCACUCGCACUCCCACGAACACCACGAGCAUUCCCAUGGAGAGGAGGAGCACGGAGAAGAGUCUUCGCACUCGCACGAGCACCACGAGCAUGAAGGAGAGCCCAUGCGCAACUUGGACGACAUCAAGGCUCUGAUUGCAGAGAGCGAUCUGUCCGACUGGGUGAAGGAGAAGAGCGUCGCGGUCUUCACGCUGCUGGCUCAAGCCGAGGCGCACACGCACGGCACGUCGCUGGAGGAGAUCCACUUCCACGAGGUGGGGGCGAUCGACAGCAUCAUCGACACCAUUGGCUCGGUGAUCGCUCUGGAUCUGCUCGGUGUGCGCGAGGUGCAUGCGUCCUUCCUGCCCUUCUCGUCGGGGACUGUCAAGUGCAUGCACGGAGUCCUGCCCGUGCCUCCACCGGCGACGUUCCGUCUGAUGAUUGGCGUCCCCGUGUGUCCUGCCCCCAAGGGGGCGAAGGGGGAGCUGGUGACGCCGACAGGAAUCAGCCUCGUCAAGGCGCUGGCGUCUACGUUUGGUGAGCCGCCUACAUUCAUUCCGACGCACACUGGUGUCGGAGCUGGAACGAAGGAGUUCCCUGAGCACGCCAAUAUUGUUCGCGUGGCUAUCGGAACGAAGAUCGACCCCUUGGCUUCUCAGAAGAGCUACGUCAACCCUGCCGCCCCGAGGUCUGCUGAGCCCGCUUCGUAUCCUUAUGCCACGGAGAAAGUCGUCGUGCUUGAGACCAACCUGGAUGAUUUGAACCCGCAGGUAAUCGGCUACGUCUCGGAGCGGCUUCUGUCGGAGCACCACGCGCUUGACGUGUGGAAGCAGCCCAUUCAGAUGAAGAAGAACCGGCCUGGUGUCUGCAUCAGCAUUUUGUGUCGAGCUGAGCAUGAGCAGGAGAUUUUAGAGACCCUCUUCCGCGAAACCACGACGCUCGGUGUCCGCCGCAAUGUGAUGGAUCGCGUUUUCCUUUCUCGCAAGUUUGUGUCUGUCUCCGCGUUUGGACGCUCGGUCGACGUCAAAGUCGCAUUUCUGGGGGAUGAGGCUGUGAAUGUGCACCCCGAAUUUGAACACUGCAAGGCGAUCGCUGCGGAGCAGAACUUGCCGUUAUUGCAGGUCAUUGACGAGGUGAAAGCUCUUGCUCUUCCACAGAUAAAGACGCAAACACCGAAGUGA